ACUGCCUGGGAAACUUUGCUUUAUUGAUUUUGUUUUGGGAAGUUGUUUGAUUUGGAGGACCCGCAUUUUGGAGUACAAUGAGCGGCUACCGAGGAAUCGGCGGCGGAGGAUUCCCCUACCGCAAGUCAGCCAGUUCGGGCAACAACAUGAACGCCGUGCCUCCCCCACCGAUGUUAAAUGCCCGUGGUUUCACGGGUUCUCGCGGCGGCGGAGCAUCAAACUCUGGUGGACUGUCUCGUGGAGGGAUUACGGGGAGUACUACAUCGACUUCUAAGCACGGCUAUUCCACACUCGACUCCAUUAGUCAGUACACCAAUGCCACAAAUCUAGUGGGCAAAAGAAAGCAUCACACCGAUGACGAUUAUUACUUCGACGAUGACGAUGAGCCCCGGGAAAAGGAACUGGAACAGGCUUAUAUACCCGCUCCAGGAUCGCCGGGAGCUCCACCUCCUCCUGCCAAAAACCACGAGGAAUCCGAUUCGGAUGAGGACCCCUUAGAGCAAUUUAUGGCCGGCAUCAACCAGCAGGUGGAAAAGGAGAAGCGCCAACAGGCUCCCAAGGCGCCAACUCAAGCGGUUCGUGGUGACAUCGACGAUGAGGACGAUGAGGAGAGCUACUAUCGCUACAUGAAAGAGAAUCCCAACGCAGGUCUUCGUGAUGAGGGAUCCGACCAGGAAAUCGAAUACGACGAGGAUGGCAAUCCCAUAGCUCCACCCAAGAAAAAGGACAUUGAUCCCCUGCCGCCCAUUUAUCACUCCGAAAUCGAAUACGAACCCUUCGAGAAAAACUUCUACACACAGCACGAGGAUAUAGCGGCCCUGGACGAGGAGCAGGUCCGAGAGUUAAGGCGCACUCUGGGCGUUAAGGUGACCGGACCAUCGCCACCCAAGCCUGUUACAUCCUUCGGGCAUUUCGGCUUCGACGAACCGCUCAUUAAGGCUGUAAGGAAAGCGGAAUACACACAACCCACUCCCAUCCAGGCUCAAGCUGUUCCAACCGCCUUAUCCGGCAGAGAUAUCAUUGGCAUAGCCAAAACGGGUUCCGGUAAAACAGCAGCCUUCAUUUGGCCUAUGCUAAUGCACUUGAUGGAUCAAAGACAGCUGAAACCAGGCGACGGACCCAUAGGUUUAAUUUUAGCACCAACGCGCGAGCUUUCCCUUCAAAUCUACAACGAGGCCAAGAAGUUUGGCAAAGUCUACAACCUAAAUGUGGUUUGCUGCUACGGCGGUGGCUCAAAAUGGGAGCAGAGUAAAGCUUUGGAGCAGGGAGCUGAAAUCAUAGUGGCCACUCCCGGUCGAAUGAUAGAUAUGGUCAAAAUGAAGGCCACCAAUUUGAGGAGAGUGACAUUUUUGGUGCUCGACGAAGCUGAUCGCAUGUUUCACAUGGGAUUCGAGCCGCAGGUGCGCUCCAUAUGCAACCAUGUGCGUCCAGAUCGGCAAUGUCUUAUGUUUUCCGCCACGUUCAAGAAGCGAAUCGAACGCCUGGCCAGAGAUGUGCUUACCGAUCCGGUGAGAAUAGUCCAGGGAGAUCUGAACGAGGCCAACCAGGACAUUACUCAGUCGGUAUAUGUAUUCCCAAAUCCCUUGCAGAAAUGGAACUGGCUGCUGUGCCACCUGGUAAAGUUCCUAUCCGAAGGCAGCGUGCUGAUCUUCGUGACCAAAAAAGCAGAUGCCGAGACUGUGUCCAAUAAUCUGUUGGUCAAGGAAUACAAUUGCCUGCUACUCCACGGCGAUAUGGAUCAAGCGGACAGAAAUAAAGUUAUUACACAGUUUAAGAGGAAGGAGUGCGAUAUACUGGUGGCCACCGAUGUGGCAGCUAGAGGAUUGGAUAUACCCCAUAUCAGGAAUGUGGUGAACUACGACAUUGCCAGGGACAUUGAUACGCACACUCACCGAAUCGGAAGAACCGGCAGAGCGGGAGAAAAGGGUAAUGCAUUCACUCUGGUCACCGAUAAGGACAAGGAGUUUGCAGGACACCUGGUGCGAAACUUGGAGGGCGCUGAUCAGCAGGUGCCCGACGAUCUAAUGGAAUUGGCGAUGAAGAGUUCCUGGUUCCGCAGUUCGCGUUUUAAGCAGGGCAAGGGCAAAAGACCCACCAAUACCCACACAGGAUUGGGUUAUCGAGAGCGAGGAAAUGGAGCGGGUGGUGGAUCGGACUCGGGACCCAGUGCGUCUGCCCAUCAAAGUCCAAGUGAAGGACCCGCUAGCAAAUCCUCUUCCAGCGCGGGACCGGCAACAGAUCGCUAUGCAGCCAUGAGGGAGGCUUUCCGCUCCCAGUAUAAUAACCAAUUUCGAGCGUCGAGCGACCGAACUUGGGAGAAAACUUUGCCAGAUUCUGGAGUUUUUGCUGCACCAAUGGCACCGCCACCAUCAUCAUCAUCAUCAUCAUCACAAGGGGCUUCCUCAUCAUCCAACAGCAGUGGCAACAACAGCAACCAGGACUCCAAGAGGGCCAAGAAGAGCCGCUGGAAUUGAACGAAGAGCACAGUAAACUCAACCCUCCUUUUGGUUUAUUUCUCUUCAUAUUAUUUAAUGUGUAUUUGCUUUUGUUCCAUCGUUUAAAAUUACAACUUAUGGACUAAAUUUAAACAUAUUAUAUAUAAUCAGAUAUAUACCAUGUUCAUUCAUAAAGAUUACGUUAGUUAAAUACUCAUAUGUACAACUCUCUUCCUCCGCAGCCAGAUCCAGCGAACGAUCCCACAGAUCCAAAUAAAAAUCUUCAUUAAUUGUAA